CGCCUCUCUCUAUCCCUUUUCAUGUGGUGUUUGUUAUCCCCGAUUUAGCUCCCUCUAACCCCACACCACAACAACCCGCGCUGGUUCCCAGCCCUGUCGAUUGACUUGAAACAAACCAGAGCGAAUGCAGAAUAUUCUUUGAGAAAUCUCUGCAAGGUAGUGAGUGAAGCGCCCUCAUGGCUCGAAGGUCCUCUAGGUCCGCUCCUAGCCCUCUUCUUCCUCCGCAUGAACCUACCGACACCUACUCUGCCGAACUCCCCGACGCCCCCUCGCUGUCGGCGACUUUCAGGCUGGACGAGGGGUAUUCCGAUGAAACAAAAAGUCAAGCCGAGAAGGAUUUGGCGAUUCUCGCAGCCGAUGAGUGGAUGACUCUCCAAGAGUGGGUUCUCACGCACAGUGAGACGGAAAGAGCUGAGCUCGCCUACAAUCUCCUUCGAUCCAUGCGCGCAUCCACCGUCGCCUCGGUGAUCGAGCGACUGGCACCGCGCCUGCACAUGGAUCCCGUGCAGAAGCUGCCGCCUGAAAUCACCUCCGAGAUCUUCUCCUAUCUCGACCCUCAAACAUUGUUGAUGGCUGCCCUGGCUUCGCGUGCCUGGCGGAAUCGCAUUUCCGACUCACGCUUGUGGAAAGAUCUGUAUAUCAACGAAGGCUGGAGGGUGGAUAUGGAUGCUAUUCGCACAUUUGAGCAGGAACACUCGGGUCUUACAUCACCUCAAUUGCGGAAAUCCCGCUCUAGGCAUACAGAUCCGGAUAGUGGCGAGCCGAAGCAAAAGAAGCGGGUACCGCCCAGCUGGUUGAACUCACGGAUAGCCGAAACUCCCGGUCGGAAAGCGAGACAGGAGACUGGGCAAAGGCAUGAUGUGCAAGAGGCAGAUACUGAAGGAGAUCAAUACAUGGGAGAAGCCUCAACCGAGCGAGGCACGUUGUUCACUCCGGAACAGCAAAUGACAAGCCCGACAAGACGGCGCGAAUCUCAAUCGACAAUGACUCAACCCAAACCAACCCUGACCGGUCCAUUAGCGACUAUGCGUCGUCCUAACUCCUCACUGCUGAUCCGGAUGCCCAAUGGUGCGGCUAAGAUCAACUGGCUCCAUCUGUACCGGCUACGAAGGAAACUGGAGGAGAACUGGGCCAAAGGACGAUUCACGAACUUUCAACUGCCACAUCCGUCGCAUAUGGAAGAGGCUCAUCAAGAGUGUGUCUACGCGAUUCAGUUCACAGGCAAGUGGUUGGUCAGUGGUAGUCGGGACAAGACCCUCAGAGUCUGGGAUCUAGAUACCAGGCGCCUGUGGCACCCACCUCUUCUGGGCCAUACCAAGUCAGUCCUGUGUCUCCAGUUUGAUCCUCGUCCCUCGGAAGAUAUCAUCGUGUCGGGUAGUAGCGAUAAGAGCGUUAUAAUAUGGCGAUUCUCCACCGGUGAGAAGCUUCACGAAAUCGCAGCCGCCCACGACGACUCCGUCUUGAACCUUCGAUUUGACGAGCGGUACAUUGUAACUUGCUCCAAGGACACGCUCAUCAAGGUCUGGAGCCGGCACCAGCUCUCCGCAGCCGAUAAAGACUACCCUAGCGUGUUCUUCGGCUCGGGGGUAACCUAUCCAUCCUACAUAGUCGAUACCGCAGAGAUGCCUUACCCAAUCCUGGAGGCCGAGAUUGCCAACGGCCACAUCCAGAGCUUAGCCCCAUACACCCUCCUAAUGACCAUAGACGGACAUACCGCCGCAGUGAAUGCCAUUCAACUCAACGAGGAUGAGAUUGUCUCCGCCUCGGGUGAUCGACUGAUCAAGGUCUGGAAUCUCCGCAACGGGGCUUGCAAGAAGACCGUAAUCGGCCAUGAGAAAGGAAUUGCAUGCGUUCAAGUGGACAAUCGUCGAAUCAUUAGCGGCAGUAACGACGACACCGUCCGGAUCUUCGACCAUGCCUCGGGCGCAGAGGUAGCCUGUCUCCACGGACACGGCAAUUUGGUCCGGACCGUCCAAGCCGGCUUCGGGGACCCGCCAGGCGCGGAGGAGACGCUUCGACUCGAAGCUCUCGCCGUUGACAACGCAUUCCGCGACGCUCAACUCGCCGGCACCAACGUCGAUCUUGGCCCACGGGCCCUCCGCCGAGCGGGCUAUCAACAGAAUACUACCGGCUCGCGAGACCCUCGUGACAUCAAAGCCCUGGGCGCGAAAAUCCCUCCCGGAGGUGGCGGCAGCAGAUGGGCUCGUAUCGUUUCCGGCUCCUACGACGAGUCCAUCAUCAUCUGGAAGAAAUGCAAGGAAGGCCGUUGGGUGGUUGGCCAGCGACUCCGGCAAGAAGACGCCGCUGCCAGCGCGGCCUACGUGGCCUUCGAUUCUGCUGCUCGUGCGGCUACCGCUCGAUCGAACGCCUUCGCCCAACAGCAGCAGCAGCAGCAGCAGCAGCAUCCACAAGGCGCUAGCGCCGCAGCAGCGGCAGCACAGGGUCAACCCACGCCAACCGCAGCAGUCCCACCCCCAGCACCUCAAGGAGGUGGCGGUGGACCCUUGCAAACUCUCCAGGCCCUAACAGCCCGGUUGGCCGGGCAGGCUCAGCCACAGCAACCAGGAGGAACCGUCCCCAGCAGAGCCCAGCCUCAACCCCAACCGCCCGUGAACGGCACCGUCAACCCAGUCCUUCACCCUCACCCACCCCCUCCUCAGCAGCAGCAGCAGCAGCAGCAUUCUCAACACCACCGCCCCCGCCACCACCAGGCCCGCAACGACCGUGACCCUAGCACCAUCCCCACGUCACGAGUCUUCAAGCUCCAAUUCGACGCGCACAAGAUCAUCUGCUCGAGUCAAGACCCGCGCAUCGUGGGCUGGGACUUUGUCGGUGACGAUGAGGAAUUAAGGGAAGCCUGUCAGUUCUUCCGAUGUCUGUAAAGGAGAGAGAGGGACAAAAGAAAAAAAAAAAAACCCUUCACCUCUUUUCCCCCUGCACUGGCAUCAAUAACUCCUACGCGAGCAUGGUUCAAGUUUGCUUUUUGCUUCCCCAACGAAAUGCAAACGAGGAGAAAAAAAGGAGGAUUAAGCCAUAGUCUUACUGAGAAAGCAUGCAUGCAUGCAUGCAACGCCAGCACCUCGAAGACACUCCUCUCUUCUCCUUCGCCUUGGCCGAAAUUCUUUCCGCGAAAGGGUUUCUGCAAGUAUGAUAGCACAGUACAUCCAGCACCCGAUAUACUGCAUAUGAUGGAUUUCACCUCGAAACUUUUCUUUUCU